AUGGUAAAAAUAGUGGUUGCUCGGCAUUCUAUUAAAAAUCGUGCCUCCCCCAUAAGUGUAAAUUCAAGGUUGAGCAGGAAUGACUAUAAAAAGGGAUUUGGUAAUUUUCUCAUUCGUGACUUUUGGCUCGGACUGGACAAGAUCUAUCGCCUGACGCAAAACAAAAGAGAAAACAAACUCCGCGUGGAUUUGGGAGUAACGGCCAAAAAAACUGUCUACGCACAGUAUGAAUGGUUUGGUAUUGAGAAUGAGACAAAUCGUUACAAGCUGGACAUUGGCAGUUUUUCGGCAUCUUCAACUGUUAAAAGGGAUUCUCUAUUCGCACAUAAUGGCAAGUCAUUUAGUACCUGGGACAGAUCUUCAGCUGACCAUGGUUGUAAAUCGGUUGGGGGAGGCUGGUGGUACCUGAAAGGCGUUCAUUUUUCCUCAAAUCUCAAUGGCAUCUACCCUUGUGAUGGAACUCCUUCUCAUCAAGAUAAUCAAAUCCGCUGGGGAGGAUUAAUAAACCACGAUGCUGAGGCUAACCAGGCUCCGAAAAGAACUGAAAUGAAAAUCAGACGAAAGGACUUUUUAUCGUGGGUUAGUGGAGGGGAAGGAUUUUUUAAGAAUUGUGGUGAGCUUUACAAGUGCGGUCAAACCAUAAGUGGCGUUUAUACAAUAGACCUGGCUGACGGUAAAGGUGCCUUUAAUGUCUAUUGUGAUCAGACAACAGACGGUGGAGGAUAUACAGUGAUCCAGAAGAGGGUGGAUGACACCGUAGAUUUCAACCGUACUUGGAAAGACUAUAAAAAUGGAUUUGCUUCAACUGUUAAAAGGGAUUCUCUAUCCGAUCAUAAUGGCAUGUUAUUUAGUACCUGGAACAGAUCUUCAACUGACCAUGAUUGUACAUCGUCUGGGGGAGGCUGGUGGUACCGGAAAAACUGUCUUGCUUCCUCAAAUCUCAAUGGCAUCUACCCUCCUAAUAGAACUACUAAUCUUGGGAUUAAUCAAAUCCGCUGGGGAGGAUUACAUGAUGCAGCUAAGGAUAACCAGGCUCCUAAAAGAACUGAAAUGAAACUUAGACGAAACGACUUUUUAUCGUGG